ACCAGACACGCCCCCUCCCUUGAGACUUGAGGCCCUUGAGUCUUGACUAACUUAGUAUUUUUUUUACUGGACCUUAUAAUUUUCAAAUAGAUCUAGAUCUGGAUUUAGUAACUCAAUUAAAUUACUGGUAGUGGUCUAAUAGACUAUAGAUAUAUAAUAUAUGUCUAAGAUAACCAUUUAAAAUUUUAAAUUGGUGAUGGACUACACAUUUUAGACCUUAAACAUAUUAACAUAUCAAGUGAAAUAUAUGUUUUUAAUGGUUAUUUGACAGGAGCUCUAUACAAAUAAAAGGAAGCAAAGAAUUCGACAAAAGCACCAAUGGCAGCUAGGGGUAAAAAAGUUGUCAAUCCAAAUGACCCAGCAAGAUUUUCUGGAAAUGGUCUCAACUACAGAGCCAAACUUAUUGGCAUUGAAAAUGUGCCAGAAGCUCGUGGAGAUGAAAUGUGCCAGGAAGCAAUCACAAAACUGAAAAAUUCUGUCAAAAUAUCAGGUCAACACAAGCCAAAGAUUUUUGUUCAGGUCACACUGGAAGGACUCAAAAUCAUUGAUGCUAUUUCAUUGACAGCUAAUCAGAGUAAAAAAAAGAGUGACUCAAAAAGUCCAAAGCAAGGAGAAAUGAAUGAACAGGAAGAUAAAACAAAGGAGUUGAUAGUCUUACAUACUCAUGCUGUACAUAGAAUUUCAUUCAUUGCUCGAGAUGUUACAGACAACAGAGCAUUUGGUUAUGUCUAUGGAGAAGGAGAUGGAACACACAAAUUUUUUGCCAUUAAAACUGCCGCAGCUGCUGAACAGCUUGUUCUUGCUCUGAGAGAUUUAUUUCAAGUUGUAUAUGAAAUGAAGAAAAAAGAAAUGGAAAAAAUUGGACAAGAUGGCUCUGCUUCUGAUGAGACAACCAAAGUGGAAAACUCUCAAACCUCGGGGGAUGGGUCGACCUCGGGGACUGGGCAGGCCCCGGUGGAGAAAGUGAAUGCUGAUGGAGAAAAUAUUUAUCAGGUACCAACUAACAAUGCUCCUGUCAACCCACCUACUCAGGCAGAACAGGUUGCCAACUUACUGGAUUUAGAAGAUCAAGCUGAUCACAUUUUAAAAGAUAUAGAACAGAUCAAGAAUUUGGAAUUUGAUUCUCUGACCAGUGACUCCCUGUUCUCUCCUGCAUCACCACCUGUGACAGAGAUGGCCAGCUUAGCCAUUUCAUCUUCGGUGGGCACUGCCAGUAUUGUAGAUCCUUGGGGAUUAUCUCCCUCUGUCAGUCCCCCAACUGCUGCUCCAGCCAUUCCGGCAUCUUCAUCUUCCUCAGCUCUAGGAGAUCUAGCUGGGCUACAGACGGGCCAAUUUGCACCCAUGGGUCAGACUUCAUUUCCACCUUCUCCUUUUUCAGUACAACCAGGACUUUUAGGUGCUCCAAAUAUGAACAUGAUGAGUGGUAAUUUACCUGUCAACAGAGAUCCUUUUGGCAAUGAUCCAUUUAGCUCAAGCACCCAGCAACGACUGCAACAAAGUCCAGGAUUUGGUGCUGCCACAAAUCCUUUUGGAGCUGGUGGUUUUGGUUCACCAUUCGGAUUGCCUCAGGCAGCUACCUCUCCUAUGGGUUUAAUGCCAGGGAUGGUGCCUCAUGGGUUCAUGCCCCAAGCUGGCAUUGUGGGAAGUGGUGUUCCCCAAAUGGCCAUAGGGGGUGUUCGAAACCCCUUUGGUGCAUCACUAUUCCCCAGUCCUCAGCCACAAAUGACAAACCUCUUUAAUGAUGAUGAAGUCAGUGUUCUGAAACCUAUAAAGAAAGAUGCCCUAGCAGAUGCUCAGAAUGCAGAAUCAGCUCAGGCUAAGCCCAAAUCAACAAGAGAUGAUCUCUUUGGUGAUCUGCUAGACAUUAAAAAGUCUACACCACCAGUUGCAGCUUCGCUGUCACCAAAGGAUUUAUUUAACCAAGCUACCCCUGUAGAAAAGAAGUCCCUGAAUGAACUCAAGUCUGUCUCAAAGCCUACUCAGGCACCACAGGUACAGGCAAGUGCUGAUUUUGAUUACCACUUUCCUGGAGAUGAAGCUAAUGAUCUUCCUUUUACAGACUUGGAAGAGGAGGAUUGUUUAGCAUCAUCCUAUGGACCUCCUGCUAUGGAUCCACCAAGUUGCCCGAAACAGCUUCUUAGUAAUCCACUUGUAUCUCCUACCCCUCCUCCUGUUCCUCAGCGAAACCCUUCUCCAAGUUUCUUUUCAGAAAACUGUUUAAGUUCUGAAAGCAAACUUCAAACAGCUUUUGUUUUAAACUCUCCACCUGUUCCUAGUCGAACUAUUAAUCAUUCAAACCAUUCAAAACCAUUUCCUGCCUUAGUUUUAAAUACUUCUAGUGACAAAAUAUUUUCCCAUCUUCCUUCUCCUGAUGAGCCUCCGCCACCCCUUCCUUUGCAGGUAGCUUCAGAGUUUGCAGCACCCACUCCUCCUCCACGACCGAUUUUUUCAUCAUCAUCAUCAUCAUUUUCAUCAUCCCCUUCACCUAUUCCUGAUGUUAGCAUAAAUAAAAUGACUCUCAAAAGUAUAUCUAGUACUGUGACAUUGGACUGUAUCAGGGCUGUGCCAAACAAAGAAGUCGCUAGUUUAAGUAGCAAUAACAUUAACAGUGAUAAUUUUACCUGUGAUAUUACUAAUGCAAGCCAAAGCGAUAUUAAGCCAAGGGAGUUUCCCACAUGUAUGUUCAGUGAUCAAUGGGACAACAUGCAGAAACCUUUCCCUACUCAAGAGGAUGGGUACUCUUCUAAGACUGGAGAUGAUCCUUUCAUGGCUGCAAACAAGUCCGAUGAUUGGAGAAGCUGUGAUCUAACAGACAAUGAUCCAUUCAAUAUGCCCCUCCACCUCACUCCAGGAUUCAAAGCUGUGGCCAAAUUUGGCAAUGAUCCUUUUGAUGAUAGCUUUAAUGCUUUAAAAAAUGAUAAUUGGGAUCCAUUUGCAUUAUCAGUUCAGGAGACUUUUCUAGAACCCAAUGAUGUUAGUGUGCUCCCUGUCUUUCACUCAGUUAACACAGGUUUUCUAUUAGGAACAAAAAGUCCCUCUCCUGAUUUUGAUCCUUUUAACACAGCUACCACAUCAAGUAAUAAAUGUCCAACUCCUGCUUUUGAUCCCUUCACUGCUGAUUUCUCAUCUGGAAAUACAAAUCCCUUGCCAACAUUGAAUGCAUUUGGAGUCCCAACGCAAGCACCCAGUGCACCAGCAAGUGGAAACUCACUUCUAGACUAAAGGGUCAUUUCAAUUGGAAACAUGUUGUAUAUUACAGACAUUUUACAACCCUAAAAUCUUUCAUAUAUUUUUAAAUUAUAUUAUUCAUUACCUUUUACUUUUAAGUUUUAAAUAAAAAGCAGUGAGAAUUUUACAUCAUUUUUUUUUUAAUUAAUUAUUUCAUAAUACAAAUGCAAGAAAUUGUUUGCAUUAAUUCUCCAAUUCUGUCUUAAUGUAACAGCACAAUACCAACUAGUCAAAUACAAUGACUAAAAGCACUUCAGCAUUUAAUGUCUUCCACAUUUGAAUGAGUACCUAUACUCCUCUUUAUGAAGGCUGCUUCAUAUUGUUGUCUCAUGUUUCCUUGUUGACUGGUAGUCUUGAAAUGUUUUCUUAGCAUUCUACUGUUACUAUGGUUUUUGUUCACUGUAUGCUGUUAUUUAAAAAUAUUUUCCCUGUUUACUUUGUAGUGUUGAAAUGAAUAGUGUAAAUGAGCCUUUUAGAAACAAAGCAUUUUAAAGGUACACAUAAGCUUUCCAAGUUAGGUGAAAGAUCAAAGUUUUACAAUUCUCCGGUGAACCAAUGUUACAUUUUUGUUAGCCUUAAUGGAUAUUAAACAGUAUUAUUGUAGUUAUUAUUUUCAAACUUCAUUAAUUUAUUUAUAAUUAGACUAUUUUUUUAACUUUAUUGUUGAUUGUAACAUUUUGCAUUCUUAGUAUGGUAUUAUGCUUUAUGAAAUAUUUGUAUUAAUUUAUAAAAAUGUCAUUGCACACAUAUUAUUUAUACAAUUCUUUGUUUCACUGCAUUUGUUGUAUUGUUACAUCAUUAGCAUUUUAAUCUUGUUUUAUAUUUAGUAGACCUAUUUUAUAGCUGCAUUAACUUUGGCAUAUUUUCAAUUUUUUUGAUCAAAUGCUAAAUUGUGUCAUUGUGUAAGGCUGUUGAAUAAAUUCUUUUACUUACCUAUUACAUUUAUAUUGUAAUUGUUUUGUGUUUUACUCAACAAAAAUAUUUCAUUGCCUGUGCAUAUAAAAGUAUGUUACAUAAUAAGUUUUCUUGAACUUUCAGAAUUGAAAUGAUUUAAAUGUUACUAUGAACUAUUUCAGCUCUGUUACUGUUUCAGUUAUUUGACCUAUGUAUGUAUCUGUUUCAAAUUAAAAUUAAUUUCAUGGAU